GAGUGAAGAGUGCAAAUGCGGCAAAAGCCAACGGUACUAGCCUACCCCAAAAUACCAGAAAAGAUUCCCAUGGAUUACCCAAUUGAGCAGGUGCAGCAGCAUCCAAGAUUCCGAGCGGUCCAUCCAUGGCAGUGGUGGCAGUGGCAGCUCUCGCUCCUAGCCUCUUCCUCCUCACCUCCGGCUCCGGCGACGCGGCCGCCCAACCACGUCAGCUGGGACGAGACCGCCGCCGCUCACCUCUACUCCGCCGACCUCCCAGGCGUGAGGAAGGAGGAUAUCAGGGUGGAGGUCGAGGACGGGAGGUACCUCGUCAUCCGCACCGAGAUGGACGCCGGCGACGCGGAUGUCGACAGCCGCCGGAGCAGUUUCACAAGGAAGUUCCGGCUGCCGGGGAUGGUGGACGCCGACAGCAUCUCGGCCGAGUACGCCCACGGCGUGUUGACCGUGACGGUGCCCAGGAUGCACACCCGGGCCCGGCCCGUCGUCAAUCUCCUCGGGCCUGGUCCGGCCUGCGAUUCCGUGGCUCGGGCAGCCUGAACUCAAAUGGAAUACUAUUCUGAAAAUAGGAGAUGGCGAACGAUCAGAAGAAUGUAUCCUAUAGUUUUGUUUGUUUAUUUAUAAUUAAUCUGAGUCUGCAUGUGAACUUGGUAGGAAUGGAUAAGGUCUAGCAUGUCAGAGUGUGCGGCCGACCGACAGUAUCUUGUCAUAUUUUAUCAGCUCAUCUUUGUUUAUGGCUGUAAUUCUUUUUUU